AUGAAUGACAAUCACAAGACGACGCUGCUCUCCGUUAUUCGAGGCUGGCGACACGAGGUCGCCAAGUCUGCUGAGAUCCGGCGCGAAGAUGAGCAGCUGCGCAUGUUCAAUGAUGCGCAGAUCAACAAGUGGUUGCAGAAGAGGAAGGAGCAGUUGGCUAAUGUCCGCCCCGAGCGCGAGCUCACGCGCGACAUGAUCAACAGCCUGGCAUCUCGAGGACCGGUGCAGCGCCAAAAGCGGAAGCCGCAGGAGCCUCCGAACAUCGCCUCCGGGGCGGCUGACUGGAGCGUCAAGGAG